AUGACGCUAGCAAAGCUGGACAACUUUGAAGAUCACAAAUUCGAGAAACCCACCAAGCGGAUCCACGAUGGACCAGAUGUAACAUUCUUCUUGACAUCGUUCGCCUAUCGAGACAUCAUCGUAUUCAUUCUACAACUCAAUCACGCCGUUCUCCCUCGCAAGAGAGAUGUUGACGGAUCAACCAAAAUCACCACAUAUCCCCUGGAAUCCCCAGAUGUCACAUUCUCAUUUGCAGUCCAGUCUUUACGGGCUCUCCUGACGAAACUGAUAGACCUUGUCGAUGAGAUCCCUCCAGAUACUGGACCCCGUCGGUUCGGGAAUGUGAGUUUUCGAAAGUGGUAUCAAUCAGUUGAAGCGCAACUCCAGGAUAUUCUCGGCGAAUAUCUACCGGAAGAACUCGAACCAGCCUUCGAAGAAUUGGGAGCCUACCUGAUGGGCAGCUUCGGCAGCGCACAGCGACUGGACUAUGGGACGGGACAUGAAUUGAGUUUCCUUGCAUUUCUAGCCUGUCUGUGGAAGGUCAAUUUCUUCCCACCAGCCGAUGCAGGCGUGGAGGAACGAGGCAUCGUGCUGGGCGUGUUCGAACUGUACCUCUCACUCAUCCGCAAACUCAUCAAACUCUACACCCUGGAACCCGCAGGAUCACAUGGAGUGUGGGGUCUAGACGACAACUCCUUCCUACCCUAUGUUUUCGGCUCGGCUCAAUUCUCCCCUGCCAUCACAGCAGAGACAGAUCCGACACCUAUAGAAGGAUCGCUGCCCGACACACCUCAAGCGUCUUCCGUCGCCAAAGCCAACCUAGUCGACAAAGAAAAGGACAAGAACAUGUAUUUCUCGGCCAUCGCAUUCAUCUACGACGUCAAGCGCGGCCCUUUCUGGGAACACAGCCCGAUACUCUUCGACAUCUCCGGCAUCAAAGAUGGCUGGGGCAAGAUCAACAAGGGGAUGCUCAAGAUGUACAAUGCAGAAGUGCUGUCGAAAUUCCCCGUCGUGCAGCACUUCCCCUUCGGCUCGUUGUUCAAGUGGGAGAAGGAUCCGCACGCCAAACCCCCACCUCCGUCAACACAUGCUUCGAGCCAGCCGUUGCGGAAUCCUGCUGACACUCACGCGCCGAGUGCUGGCAGGCCGGGAGGAGUCCCACCUCCUCCAACUGGAGGAAUCGGAGCAGGUGCCACUACUGCGGCCCCGUGGGCUAAGACGACCUCUCAAGCGCCGGUGGGAUUUGUGAACGGUGUGACUCAAGCACCGUGGGCGAGCAGGACCCCAGCACCACCCGCUGGCAGAGCUGUGGGCAGGCCUACAGGACUUCCAGGACGACCUAUGCCGCCUCUCAACGAAAGCGUGCGGAAACAGGACGAGGGUUCAAGAAGUGAUGAGACCAAGAAAUGA